AUGUCUCGACUAUACGACGAAACCCAGGAUUUUCUACAAGAUGGCCAAUAUAAUGGUGAUUACGCAAUGUGUUCAGUUAAUAGACAAAGUUGCAACGGAAUCACUAAGCGUCAGCCCGUUUCAUACCCCCAAAUGAACACGGAACAGUAUGCUCGCCCACACACACAAAUGGCGUCAUCUCUAUCUUAUGCAUUGCAGAGCAGAACUUCAAGGCGAGCAAAAUGUCAACCUCAGGUUGAUGCGAUACUACGAGCUUGCCUUGCCGAGUUUUUAGCUGUAUAUGCAACUACCUUCUUGUCCGUUUAUCUAGACGACGAGCUUUUGUCUCGUCAUGUUCCCUGGAUUCAGAAAAUUGUGUUAAUGGCCGUGACAGAUGCUAUGGCUGCUACAUUAUUUAUAUCCGCUUUAAAAACAAUACAUUUUCACCCUGCUGUAACUAUCGCUCACCUAUUUUCUCUUACAACAUCAUGGUUUCAGUGCUUAUUCAUCAUAAUCAUACAGUUAUUAGCUGCUACUUCAGCAAAUUUAACAAUUGUGCCAAUGCGCAAGGAUGGACUUCCUGCUUACGUUGUGGUGAAUAACGAUAUUAAUAUGGAGUGGACUAAGACCGUAUAUAAACUCAUGUUUUCGCAGUUUCUGGGGACAGCAUUCGUCGUAGUUGCACAUCUUAUGUCUUGCUCUCCUUUAAGAAAAAACGCCUUACGAAUUGGAAGUUUGAAUGAGAGCUCAUGUCCUCUUUUUAUGGCCAUUUCUCUAAGUUCAUUCCUUAGCCUCCUUCAAUCCACCUCACACUGGAACUCCUUGCAAGCUACCACCAUCGCACUACUGAGAUCCUUCAGUAUGCAAGCCACAGAGUCACUUUACGAACAGUACAUAUUUUGGCUUGGUCCACUCAUUGGCUCACUUUUGGCUUGUUUUCUCUAUAGGUUACUCAAAACUGCCCAUAAAGGAGGAUACACAAGCCAAACUGAUCACCACGAGAAUAUAUUUGAACCUGUCUAA